AGCUCGUGCUGACGAGGACUGGAUGACUCAGAGGCUGCCCGCCCGCCCGCCCUCGCGCUUAUCCCCAAUCCAGUUUGUGAGGUCGCGGUUCAUCCUCGUCGCCACCACGCACCUCCAACCUUAACCCCUCUCCUCGUCGCGAGCUACAGCCAGCUUCCUCGCUCGCAGAAUCCUCUCCAUUAUUAGUACCUCUUGGCUCCAUCAUCCAUCUCUUGCUCUCUUCGAUCGGUGGUGAUCAGUGCGCGCGAUCCACCAAUGGCGGCUGCCGUCGUGAACGCACCAGCGGGUGGUCGUUGUUGCACGGUGGCGGCCCGCUCCUCCGCUUGGCAGCAGCUGCCGCCGUCGAUGAGGGCGCCGAGGUCAAGAGCGGCCGGCGGGCGGCUGGUGGCGGUGGCCGCGGUGGCCGACGUGGCGGCGGAGGGCAACACGUACCUCAUCGCCGGCGCGGUCGCCGUGGCGCUCGUGGGCACGGCCUUCCCCAUCCUCUUCUCGCGCAAGGACACGUGCCCGGAAUGCGACGGCGCCGGCUUCAUCCGCAAGGCGGGCUCGACGCUGCGGGCGAACGCGGCGAGGAAGGACCAGGCCCAGAUCGUCUGCCCCAACUGCAACGGCCUCGGCAAGCUCGGCCAGAUCGACAAGCAGUAGCUCUAGCUACCUCAUGCAUGCAUGCUAAUGGCUAAUUCACCAACUACUACGUACUAUAAUAUUACCGUGAAUUCCAUGCCAUUCCGUUCCAUCCAUGCCGGCUCCAUCAACCCCUACAACAACAGAGAAAUUAUAUACGUGAAUAAUGUUCCAAUAAUUUCCUUUCAACUGGUGCGUGCUGUAUACGUACGUGCUCGUUGGAUCAUCAGCGUGGGAAUGAAUACUGUACACUGUAAAUCUUUUGUGACAGGUUUUGAAAUCUGAAUAUGUGUACGUGUUGGAUGAAUUAAUGUGAAUGUCUCAUUUUGGUCUGUAAUUUCUUUUGGUCAGAAAACAUUAGUCUGAAUAUA